AUGGCGAAACAAAACGAUGGGCUUUUUCUCUUGGAGGUACUCGUAGAUAAAAUAAUUUUCAGUAAAAGUCCUUGUUUUUCUGACAAGGAUUUUAAGACGUGUAUUAAUAUCGAAUGUCCAGGAGUUGAACCUAUAGAGAUUUGUGACGACGAACCAGGAACGUGCAUAGUCAAGAGCGAUGGACCUUUUAUUAAAUCGUUUAAUAGUGGAAAAUCCUGUCUUUUUUCGCUAAAUGACAGUCAAAUCUCUAAUGCAAUGUCGAAGUUUCCAAUAAAUGUUUCCGUGUAUAAAUCUCUUCCAUGUGGCUGCUUACCUACAAAAAUUAUAAUGGGAGAAUGUAAGAUUGACAUGACAAAAGAAUUUGUUGAAGCUAGGAAAACUUUUUUGGAAGAUCCAACUAAUGUUAGCUACCAAGCUCUAAAGGAUUCAUUUCAUAUUGUGGGUCCUGAUGGUUCAGAAACUGGGGAAGUAGUUAUGUUUUUGCGCAUAUCCUGUUUCGGUAAAUUGAUUAUUACUAGAUUUCAAGGACCAGGUGGAUCACCAAAUCUUGGACCUGGUAAAAAUACAGGAAUUGUAGAUAGAUCGUGUACUCCUAAAAAAGAUUAUCAAACUAUGCAAGAUCCCUGUGCUUGCCAAAUGGGAAGGAAUCUCGGUAGCGGUGGAAUAGACGGAAAUACUGGAAUGCCUUGUGAUACUAGUGGAGGAAAUGAUGUAUGUCCAGCAGUUAAAGACCCCUACAAUAGUAUGCCUUGUAUGGGAUCUGAUGACCCUUGUUAUUGUUCUGGACCUAAACCCCAGCCACCGCAGGAAAUGGCUUGCAGAAAUAUGGAUCAAUAUUGUUUACACGUACCUAAAGAUUGCUGUCCCACUGGAAACAAAGUUGUAUUCCAAUUGCCCAUGGAGUCCUGUGAAAUUGGCCAUAAGCAAAGAGCUCACUUCAAGUUUACAUCUGAUGGCUUAGGAGAUUUAGCUAGAGAUGAACCUGGUCAACUCAUACCGACUUCUUCGGAGCAAUACCCUGGAGUUGUGUAUGAUUUUCCAAAACAAGUAAUAAAAAUGAGAAUCGGCAAGUCAAUCGAAAUGCCUGGAAGAAAAUCAAAACUUGAAUAUCAAUUUAUAACACCAGUGAUUACACAUGAAAAAAUUGUGCCAGUGAGAGAAGCGCGUACUCGUAGUCGGCAAAAACUGAUACCACAUCAAAACUUGGCGGAUGAUAAGUUACCAUUAUGGAAAAUAGAACAGCUUACAUUUGAAGACGUUCAAGUUGUUAAUAACAAAGCUCCAAUGAAAUGUGCGCUUUCUAAAAAACCUACCGAUUUGUUUUUUAAUAUCACAGAUUGCGCGUGGGAAUCAUAUGAUUCUGUAAUGAGUUUGGCUAGUCAAAAUAUUAAAGACAUUGGUUUAUUUGGAAGGAAAGAUACAUCCAUUUACAUGACUCUUUCUCAUAAUUUUUGUGGACGUCGGUCUUCAGGGACUCAAGCAACAGCUUCUAUUAAUAAAUCUUUUCAAGUUUGUGACGAAUGGAAAAACCAAAUAAACCGCUAUAUUGAUAUCAAUUCAGAUUACUGUUCGACAUGUUCUGUAUCAACAUUUGCUUUUAAACAAUAUAGUUGCCGCGUAUCAGAGAAUUUGCUUAAUCCAGAAAUUUAUUUUUUUGGAAAAAAGAAAGAAAAAACGGAUUCUAAGGGGAUGGGAUCUAAAGCUUCUUAUUCUAAACUACAGAAAUCAAGCCAGACAACAAGUACUGGUUGUAAAAGUGAUUUGAAAAAAAGUAGUUCGAAAUCAAGUGUUCAAUCAGGUUCUACUACAACGGUUAAAAAACCAAGUAGUACUAAGACUUCGAAACCAAAGCCAAAUCUUCCGAUAAAAAAGUCUAAAGGUGCAGCAACUGCAUCAGGUACAUCUAAAACAGUUACUAUUAAAGAUGAAAAACCACAAAAACCAUGUCCAGCAUUAGGAACAACAAAGGGGGACAUGAUGGUCACUGUUUCGCAUAUAAAAAUUGGACCUAAAGAAACAUGCCCCGUACAUGGAAAUAGUCCUUGUCAGGGCCCAAAAUGUGUAUUAGCAUCUUCAGGAGAAGAACAAGGGUCUGUUAAUGUAACUACAGUCAAUAAUCCAAGGAAAGGUGUCUUCGAGGUGACAAUUCGAAGACUUACAGGUGCUCCUUUAGCGAAAAAUGAAUUAAUGCUAGAAUGGACCCCUCCACCUUUCCGUCCCUUACCAUGUAAUGCACCACGUCUACUGCCUUACAUUCCUGCUCGACCUUGUCGUCAUUCGAAAUGUAAACUCAUUGUAUGCAAACCUUCGCCUUGUAAGCCUAAGUGUUCAAGAAAAAAACCUUGUGGACAAGCAUGUUGUCGAUUACUUCCCGGCAGUAGAUGUUAUAAAACAAAAUGUUGUGACAGCCCAUGUCAUUCCUGCAAGCCAUGUCCACCAAAGCCUUGUUGCCCUACUUCAAAGUGCAUUAAAUGUGUUCAACCGUGCAAAACGCCAUGCGCUGUGCCUUGUAAAAGCUCGCCUUGCCUUAAGCCUUGUCCGGUUGGGCGCAAACGACCUCGCAAAUCUCGAAGUCAACCGAGAAUCAAAUCUUAUCACAAGAAACAUUCUCCUUGCUAUAACCGUUCAAAGGCCUGUCCUGUCGUUAGAUGUCGUAGUAUACCUGGACCGUGUAUCAUGCACUGUGGUAUUCGUCCACCUUGCUUACCACGAAACUACAUUUCAGUACUUCCAAGUAAACUCAAAAAGGCAAGUAUAGAAUCAUGUCUGAAAAGUUGUUCCUCCUGUUGUGGUUAAGUAUAAAAUAAACUUAGCAACUAUUUAAAUUAUUUUUAAAAAUAACAAAAACAAGAAAAAGAACUUGACACAACAUCCUUAAACUAAAAAAUUAAUAUAAACAUGAUGAUAUAACACAAAAUGUGUAUUUACAUUUCAUAUGUCUAUUUAAAACAAGUAAAAAAUUGUAUAUUUACCACGAGAACUUUUCAAUAAAAAUAAUUAAAACCUUAUCA